AAGUAUCAGCUUUGGUCCGGAAAACUGGAAAAGAAAUAUCUUAACGGCGAUGGAGGCCGUACAUUUCUCGACCGUUGCUUCCCGCCAUUUCUCAACGACGUCGCAUUCUGUGUCCACGAACAGAGGCUUCUACGAUUCGAAGUACGCGGCGAGGAGCUCGACUGCUAAGCUGGGCUCUUCUUGGACUGCUUCACGCACUCCUGCUUGGCUCACUUCUCGAAACUUGUUCACUAGAGAGAUAUGGGGUUGGGUGAAUUCCAAGCAAGUGACGAUUACGAGAAAAGAGUUGCGGGGCAUUGUGAGAGCUGAAAUGUUUGGCCAAUUGACAAGUGGCCUCGAAUCGGCUUGGAACAAGCUCAAAGGCGAAGAGGUUUUGACCAAGGAGAAUAUUGUGGAGCCUAUGAGAGAAAUAAGGAGGGCUCUUUUGGAAGCAGAUGUGAGCCUUCCUGUUGUAAGAAGGUUUGUGCAAGCUGUCAGUGAUCAGGCUGUUGGUGUUGGGGUUACUCGAGGAGUGAAACCAGAUCAGCAAUUGGUCAAGAUUGUGAAUGAUGAGCUAGUGAAACUGAUGGGCGGAGAGGUGUCUGAACUUGUUUUUGCAAAAUCUGCCCCCAGUGUUAUUUUAUUGGCUGGUUUACAAGGAGUCGGGAAGACAACCGUAUGUGCAAAGUUGGCUUAUUACUUUAAGAAACAGGGGAAGAGUUCUAUGCUGAUUGCUGGUGAUGUAUACAGACCUGCUGCCAUUGACCAACUUGUUAUUUUAGGUGACCAGGUAAAGGUGCCAGUAUAUACAGCAGGGACUGACACUAAACCCUCAGAAAUAGCUAGGCAAGGUUUGGCGGAGGCCAAAAAGAAGAACAUAGAUGUAGUAAUAAUGGAUACUGCUGGAAGGCUUCAGAUAGACAAAGGAAUGAUGGAUGAGUUGAAAGAAGUUAAGCGGGUAUUGAACCCCACAGAAGUUUUGCUUGUUGUGGAUGCAAUGACUGGCCAAGAAGCUGCAGCUUUAGUCACAACAUUCAACUUAGAGAUUGGGAUUACUGGAGCUAUUUUAACCAAGCUAGAUGGGGAUUCCAGAGGUGGAGCAGCUUUGAGUGUUAAAGAGGUAUCAGGAAAGCCAAUCAAACUUGUCGGGCGAGGAGAGCGGAUGGAGGACCUUGAGCCAUUUUACCCAGAUCGUAUGGCGGGACGCAUAUUAGGAAUGGGAGACGUUCUCUCAUUUGUGGAGAAGGCACAAGAAGUUAUGCGCCAAGAAGAUGCUGAAGAAUUGCAAAAGAAGAUAAUGAGUGCAAAGUUUGACUUCAAUGAUUUCCUAAAGCAAACUCGUGCUGUCGCACGCAUGGGUUCCAUGACUCGUGUUCUUGGAAUGAUCCCUGGUAUGGGGAAGGUUACUCCUGCACAAAUUCGAGAAGCAGAGAAGAGUUUAAAGAUAAUGGAAGCAAUGAUUGAAGCAAUGACCCCUGAGGAAAAGGAGCAGCCAGAGUUGUUGGCAGAAUCUGUCACCAGGCGAAAAAGAAUUGCUCAAGAGUCUGGGAAAACAGAGCAGCAGGUGAGCCAACUUGUUGCUCAACUCUUCCAAAUGCGAGUUCGAAUGAAGAAUCUAAUGGGUGUAAUGGAAGGGGGAUCUAUUCCUGCACUGAACAAUCUUGAGGAAUCCCUAAAAAAUGAACAAAAGGCUCCUCCAGGGACUGCAAGACGGAAACGACGAACUGAUUCAAAGAGGCAGUUUGUUGGCUCGGCAUCUCGGCCCAGUCCUCGUGGUUUCGGGGGUGGGAACUGAGUGAUGACAGCAAGGGGGAUUUCAGGUCAAUGAGUUGCGUACUCUAGAUAUGUUAUUGUUAGAUAUCUUUGGGUACAACUACACAAGUUUAACUUUGUGAAGUUGAUGCUCCUGCAAUAGUGUAUCAAGCACAUUGUAUAUUCACUUUUCUGUACGCAAUCUAUUUUUGUAUUAAUGAGAAAUUCAUGCAU